AAAGCCGGAAGUCGUCAUCGCUAGCGGAGACAUAUUCCCGCGAAGAUUGAUCACGCCUUAGCGUGAGCCCCUCUGUCCUGUCAUAUAAUGAGUAAGAGAAAAGUCAAAAAUGUGCAUCUGCCCAUAGGAGAGUGCAUCGCUCAGGUUCAGCAGAUUUUAAGGGAGCGUUUCUGUCAACGGCAGCUCCCUGAGCGACCCGAGGGAGUGGAAGCACAACACAAGCACCUCGAGGAGCUGCUGAAACGGACCGCCAUCCACGGGGAGAGCAACUCCGUGCUAAUCGUGGGCCCCAGAGGAGCGGGGAAAACCACGCUGCUGAGGUGUGUGCUGAGGGAGCUGUCGAAGGAACAGGAAGUGCAGAAAAACCUCCUGCUGGUUCAUCUCAACGGCCUGCUGCAGACAGACGACAGAAUCGCCCUGAAGGAAAUAACCAGACAGCUCCACUUGGAAAACGUCGUUGGCGACAAAGUGUUUGGAAGCUUUGCGGAAAAUUUAGCUUUCCUUCUGGAUGCGUUAAAAAAAGGCGAUCGCAGCAGCAGCCGCCCGGUGCUGUUCGUCCUGGAUGAGUUCGACCUCUUCGCCCACCAUAAGAACCAGACGCUGCUCUACAAUCUGUUGGACGUCUCCCAGUCUGCCCAGGCGCCCGUCGCUGUGGUCGGCAUCACUUGCAGACUGGACGUGCUGGAGCUGCUGGAGAAGCGAGUGAAGUCGCGGUUCUCCCACCGCCAGAUCCACCUGCUGAGCAGCCUGACGUUCCCUCAGUACCUGGACCGGGUUCAAGCCCAGCUCAGCCUGCCAGACGACGUCCCCGACAGCAACUUUGCUCAGGAGUGGAACGCCAGCGUGAAGACUCUCUGCGAGGACAAAGCCGUAGAGGAAGUUCUGCAGAGGCACUUUAACUCCAGUAAAGACUUCCGCUCUUUGCACGCGCUGCUGAUGCCAUGUCUGAGCCGCGUCUCAGUUGCCAAACCUACCAUCAAACCAGCCGACCUGCUGGACGCCAGUCGUCUGUGUUUCGCCGACACAAAGGCCAGCAUGCUCCACGGUCUGUCCAUCUUGGAGCUGUGCCUGAUCAUCGCCAUGAAACACCUGAAUGACGUCUACAAAGGAGAGCCGUUCAAUCUGCAGAUGGUUCACAACGAGUUUAAGAAGUUCCUGCAGAGGAAAUCCAACUCCAUGUACAACUUCGACCAGCCUGUUAUCAUGAAGGCCUUCGAGCACCUGCAGCAGCUGGAACUUAUUCGACCGGUCGACGGCUCCUCAGCCAAAACUCAGAGGGAGUACCAACUGAUGAGGCUCAUGCUGGAUCAGAGUCAGAUCAUGGAAGCGCUGCAGAAGUAUCCACAAUGCCCCACAGAUGUAAAACAGUGGGCCAUAUCAGCGUUUGCCUAG